UAUCCAGAUGUCAUUUCCGAGAACAUCACUGAUGAUCAUGAGUUCAUAGUGCUAGCAUGUGAUGGCAUUUGGGAUGUAUUAAGUAAUCAAGAAGUUGUCGAUUUUGUACGAGAAAGAUUAGCAGAACAUAGAGACCCACAAACGAUCUGUGAAGAGCUACUUACACGAUGCUUAGCACCUGAUGCUCAAAUGGGCGGCGUAGGAUGUGAUAAUAUGACUGUAGUUAUUGUUGGUUUACUGCAGAAGCAAAGUUUCGAGCAUUUAGUUACCAAGUGUGCACGAACUUCACGGGCUGAUCAGAAGAAAGUAAGCGAUGUUUGUUACAGUCAUAGUGAAGAAUGUAUGUUUGAUUUCUUUUUUCUCUGUUUGUAUGUGUUUAUCAGUGGCCCUUUUUUAUAUUCGGAGGAUGUUUGAUC